AUGACUGCGUUAGCGGGGUCAAUGCCCAGGAUGAUGCGACCCACGCUGGCUCAGAACUACCCCCGCAGUGGCUUCCCACUGGAAGUUUCUACCCCGCUGGGUCAAGGCCGAGUGAACCAGCUCGGAGGAGUUUUCAUAAACGGCAGACCUUUGCCCAACCACAUCCGUCAUAAGAUCGUGGAGAUGGCCCACCAUGGCAUCAGGCCUUGUGUCAUCUCCCGGCAGCUCCGGGUCUCCCACGGCUGCGUGUCCAAAAUCUUGUGCCGGUACCAGGAGACGGGCUCCAUCAGACCCGGGGCCAUCGGAGGCAGCAAACCCAAGCAGGGAACAACGCCGGACGUAGAGAAGAGAAUUGAAGACUACAAGCGGGAAAACCCGGGUAUGUUUAGCUGGGAGAUUCGGGAUAAAUUACUGAAGGAUGGGAUAUGUGACCGCAACAACGUGCCUUCAGUGAGCUCCAUCAGUCGCAUCAUGCGGAGUAAGUUCGGGGGAAAAGGCGAUGAGGAGGAGGACGAAGAUGAACUCGAGAAGAAAGAGCUGGAGGACAACGACCGGAGAGCCAAACACAGCAUUGAAGGAAUCUUAGGAGACAGAUCGAGUCACUCAGACGAGGGUUCGGACGUAGAGUCGGAGCCUGAUCUGCCACUGAAGAGGAAGCAGCGGCGCAGUCGGACCACCUUCACAGCAGAGCAGCUGGAGGAGCUGGAGAGGGCCUUUGAAAGAACACACUACCCCGACAUCUACACCAGGGAGGAGCUUGCCCAGAGGGCCAAACUCACAGAGGCUAGGGUGCAGGUGUGGUUCAGCAACAGGCGGGCGAGAUGGAGGAAGCAAGCAGGGGCCAAUCAGCUGAUGGCAUUUAAUCACCUGAUCCCAGGGGGUUUCCCACCCUCAGCCAUGUCUGGCAUUCCUCCCUACCAGCUCUCUGACAGUACCUACCCCCCCUCAUCUAUAGCGCAAGUGUCAGAGCCACCCAGCACAGUGCAUCGGCCCCAGCCCCUGCCUCCCUCCUCGGGCCACCAGGCCUCUGGCGCUGCAGGACAAGGUGAAGGAGGCUCUGCUUACUGCCUCGCCUCCGGACGCCACUCCUUUUCAGGCUACUCGGACAGCUUUGUGAGCCCCGGAGGACCGUCUAAUCCCAUGAACCCCACCAUAGGAAACGGGCUCUCUCCACAGGUGAGGCAUCAGGUGAUGAGUCUGCUGAACCCGGGCGGUGUGCCACAUCAGCCCCAAAGCGACUACGCCAUCUCACCUCUGACGGGCGGCCUCGAGCCCCCUGCUGGCAUGUCCGCCAGCUGCAGCCAGCGUAUGGAUCACAUCAAGGGCCUGGAAGGUCUGACCAGUGUUCCCUCCAUGUCGGCUCUGCCCUCCCUGCCCAGCUCUCAGUCCUACUGUCCCCCCUCCUACAGCUCACCAGGCUACACUGUUGACCAUGUGGCAUCCUACCAGUACGGCCAGUACGGACAAAGUGCCCUUCCUUAUCUGAGGCCUGAAAUCACCUGAUCAGAAGGUUCAGACUUCUCAGAGGUACAUUUGCGUGUACAGCGACAGAAAU